CUGCUUCACCAUCCACCUCUCUCUCUAUUAAAAAAAAUAAUAAUAAUAAUAUAAAAAAAUAGUAUAAUUGAGCAAUCAUUGAAAUAAAUCUUAACCCAAAAAAAAAAAAAAAAAAAAAAGGAAAAGAACCAAAAUGCCUAAUUUGGCCUAAUUUUACCCCUUUUUUUUAAUUUUUUCCUCUCACCGGAAAAACCGCAGGGACAUUCACCGGAAUUUUGUGUUGCCUGCUCCGAGAGUGUGCAAAGGUUUUAUUUUAUUAUUAUUAUUUUUUUUUUUUUUUGACUUGGCGUCUCAGUGAAGCUUCCCUUCAACGUCUUAGGCCCGUCGUUUUGUUUCCUUUCCUUUCCUAAUUGCGUUUGGAGAGAGCAACAAAGUAAUGGGUUGUGCUGGAUCGUCACACGCCAAAGGAGACGGGGCUGUGAAAAGAAUCCGGAAGCCAAAACCUUGGAAGCAUCCUCAGCCAAUAACAAAAAGUCAGCUAUUGCAGAUGCGUGAUGAGUUCUGGGACACUGCUCCUCACUAUGGUGGCAGUAAAGAGAUUUGGGAUGCAUUAAGAGCUGCAGCUGAAGCAGACCUAACCCUUGCACAAGCGAUUGUGGAGGGUGCAGGGGUCAUUGUUCAAAGUAGUGAUUUGGCCGUUUGUUAUGAUGAAAGAGGUGCGAAAUAUGAACUACCAAAGUAUGUUUUAAGUGAGCCGACAAACUUGAUUCGGGAGGGUUAGUACAGGAGAGGACGGAACAAAAUUUGUGCACAAGAUUGAAUGUAAAUCGUGUAUAUUAUUCUCUCAUUUUCCUUCAUAUGUUUAAUAGAGUUGGUUGCUUUGAAACCUCUCUAUUUGCAUCCACUUUAACUUUCUUGCUUUAACUUGAUUAAUUUCUUUGGUGAAUUGAACAAGAAUGUAACAACUGUUUGGAUCUAUUACAAACUCUCUGCUUCAUGCUC